GGGGCGUGCAGUGAGAGCUGCGUAUGGAACGCACUGGAGCGACCAGACCAGCCAGACGCACGCCAACCUCAUUCCAUUCACACUGUCUCCACUGGAGCGGGUCUGACAGCUCCGAGCGGGACUCCACCUUAUGUCCGCGGGAAAAGAGGCCACAGAAGACGGACGGCUCUGAUCCGGAGGAGCGUAUCUACCGCGUCUGAGCCACGUCAGACUCUUCUGAGCAUGUGCAGAACGAUCUGACUCAAACUGGACUCACCUCUUCUGCCUUGACCUCAGACACAGAUUGGACCUGAGACAAGAGAUGAGCUCCAUUCUCCCACUGCAUUUCUCCAACCACACUACAACAUCUGGGAGGGCAUCUGACACACCACAACAUCUACAGUUUAAAGAGGAGGACUUGAGCUGGUGUUGGAUCUAAUGGAGCUUUGAGGACAACACUGGAGUAGACGAGAACAUGUCCCUCAACAGAGAACUGGUGGAAUUCUACAUCCAGUACAAACUGUCUCAGCGGGACUGUCCUCUGCAGCACCUGGGGCUGGGGGACAGGAGCACACAGAGUGACACGGAGCAUCUUGGACUUGGGGAUAGGGGGCUGGAGGAUGGUACGGAGAUUGACACAGAGAGAGACAGGGACCUUCUGGGACUGGGGGACAGGAGCGUGGACAGGAGCGUAGACAGGGCUCGGCUGCAGAGAGAAACAGAGGUGGACAGUACGGAGCUGGAGAGGACUGCAGAUGAUGCGUCUAUAGACUCUCACUUUAACGGCUCUGUGAAUGGCACCGCCCCAGACUCCACCCCCUCACUUAGACUCAGACUUGACUCCGCCUCUGAUUCUGCCCCCGUCCACAGCCCCGCCCCCUUGUUGGACCUGGACGCCGUUAAAGAGGCUCUUCGUGACUCCGCUAAUGAGUUUGAGCUCCGUUUUAGCCGCGCUUUCAGCGACCUGCACCGCCAGCUGCACAUCACGCCCGCCACAGCCUAUCAGAGCUUCGAGAGUGUCAUGGACGAAGUGUUCCGCGAUGGCGUUAACUGGGGGCGUGUCGUUGGCCUGUUUGCCUUCGGGGGCGCUCUUGCUGUGGAGUGUGUGGACAAAGAGAUGAGCACCCUAGUGGCUCGCAUCGUCACCUGGAUGACUGUGUAUCUGGACGAACACAUCCAAGACUGGAUCGACUCGCAAGGGGGAUGGGCCCGUUUCGCAGAGAUCUACGGGCAGGACGCCGCCGCGCAGAGCCGCCAUUCCGAAGAACGCUUCAAGAAAUGGCUUUUUGCCGGAAUGACCCUGGUCACCGGGGUCGUGGUGGGGUCACUGCUCGCCCAGAGACGCCUGUGAGACAGAGAGACAUGAAAAACAGGAAAAACAGGAAAAACAACUCAAAAUGGAAUCUAACCUCCUACACCUGUCACCCUUCUCGUACAGGGUCGCGCUUUAGUCCUGGUUCAGUCUCAGUUUUGUCCCAGUUCAGACCUGGUUUAGUCCUGGUUUAGUCCCAGUUCAGACCCGGUGCAGACCCCUUUCUUUCGUACCUGGUCUUGUCUUGAUCUGGAUCUAGUCUUGAAUCUGAACUUUUUUUGGACUUAAGUUUGUUGAAAAAUCUGUCACAUUUAUUUAAACCUGUCAAUCUUAAAUCAGUUGAAAUCUGUAAAAUCAGUUUUUGUUUUUAAACCUUCCCAAACCUCCAUGUUCAGCUCCAACUCCACCCCUACUCACGCCUUUACUAAACCGUGUGUGUGCUAGCGUUGUGUGGCUAAAGUGUGUUAGAAUCUAACUCUAACCUCAUGUUAGCGUCAUGUGACCAACAUGGUGCUAACAGCCUCUGAAACAUGCUGCACUCUGCACUGGGAGCACAGUCACAUGAUCCCAGCGCGCGCACGCACACCCACACGCACGCACACACACCCACACAUGCCCACACACACACACACCCCCCACACCCACACACCCCACACACACACACACCCACACGCACACCCACACGCACGCACACACACCCACACACGGCCACACACACACCCCACACACACCCCCACACACACACCCCACACACACACACACCAGAAGAAAAAUAUCAGAGCCACAGUUCAGUAUGAAAGCACCUGUCACUUCACCUGUCAGAAUAAAGUUUGUCACGUCUUCCUCUUCUUCUGUUUGUUCAUCUCAUGUUUGAAUCAGUCUCAUCUGUGUCGUGGCUCUCCUUCUCUUCUCAUCGCUCCCUUCUUUCUCCCCUACUUUCCUGUUUAGCAGCUGUCAUCUCUCUCCCCAUUCUCACUCCCUCUUUCUCUGCCUCCUCUCUUCAUCCAGAAUCUCUCCUUCUCUCUCCCCCUCCUUCUUAGUGUUUGUCCUCUCCCUCCAUUCUCCCUCCCUUCUCCGUCUCCUCUGUCCAUCAAGACUGCUGCUUUGUUCAUCAGACUGUACUAAAACAUGACAUCAGCAUCAAGCUCUUCUGACUCAGCUGUCACUCAUCUGUUACUCACCUGUCACUUACAUUUAGACUGAAGAGAGGGAAGGAAAGGAGCGAGAAAGGGAUAGAGGGUUGAGAAAAGAGAGGGAGGAGAGGGAAAGGAGGAGGAGGUACCUGUCACUCACCAAAAGAUGGAGGAGAGAGGGGGAUCUAGAGGAGCUCUAGAGUUUAAGGAGUUUUGGGGACUUCUGGAGGAGCUGAGGAGGAAGGGCUGUGGCGUUCCCAGUGUUCCUGGUGUUCCUUCAACAUUCCAGAAUCCAGUGACUUUAUUUUUGUAGAUCUGAUCCAUCUUACGCUGCUGCUGUUUUUUAUCAGAAACCUGCUCCUCGCUGACUUUAGGAGCUGUGUGAGUGUGCACGAGGGUCAUAACGUGUGCAUGUGUCCUGU